GCACCCGGCGGCUUCCCCAAGUGCUGCUCCGCCCAGUGCCCGCAGCCUGAACGGCGCCCCAGAUCUCAGCGUAGUGCCACAAUGCUGCCCUGUCCCACAUCGUGUCCUUUGACUCUGUCUUCAAGAGAAACGUCGGUUGCCAGGGGUCCUCACAACUCUUUGGGUGUGCUUUGGGCCGGAAUGUAUGUCCUCUUGCCCUUCUCUUACACAGAAGAGUGGGAGGGUGUCCUAAGAAUUUGACUUGUCCUAAGGAAAAUAAAGUUGUAAUUUCAAGGAACUGACCAAGGUCUCCGUACUACUGAAGAGCUCAAGAGUGGCCACGGGGCAAUAUAGCCCUGGGUGCGAAAGGAUCCUGGAUCCUUUCGAAAAGCCCUGGAUCCGCAGAAGGGAUCCCAUGUGUUCUGCAUUAAAAAGCCCCCAGGGGACAGGAGGCUGAAGAAAGGGAACCUGCCACUUCUCCAUAAAAUAGUGUCAGAGAGCUGUCCGGGAGAGCAGAGGAUCUGCCGAUCAGACAGCAUUUAGGAAAAUAUACCGAUUCCUUAAAUUGGGUUUCGAUUUUUCAGCUUUUGAAAAUAUUGGUCUUCUUUAGGACAGGUUUGUGUACUUGCCAACAGUUACCAGUUAUCCACCAGCAGACUGCAGGAAGAAGAGACCAUCUUCACUUCCCUUCUGGGUAGGGAGAGCUCAGAGUUCACGAGGCUUAACCUAACAAAGCCCGCAGUGGACGUUCCUGCUGUACCUGUCCAAGGCGUGAUAGUUCCCCGGGCUUUGGGCAACAUCUACUGUGGGUUAUUUCGUCUAGUUGAAUCCCUGUGGUGCGAUAAGGAUGGCUCCUAAAGCAUGUCGGCAUCAGUAGUUCCUGGAGUGGAUUUUCCUACACCGUGUAGGUAUGAAAAUUUGAUGGGAGAAAAGACCCUAGGAAAGGGGAAAGCAAGAAAGUGGAGCUAAGGGAUGCUGCUAUAACAGUCAUCCUCUUGUAUCCGUUCUGCUUCCCUGAACUUUGAAGAUACUUAUGCUGAAUACCCCCUUUAAAAUGAUUUUCUUCUACACUGUACCUUCCCAUGGUCACGUUCUUGGUGGGGUGUGUUUCACAUGUCCAGCACUGUGGGGUUGGGGGGAACACUAGAAGAGGUAGUGGGAAGCCAGACUUUCCCACAUCACUCCACUGAGGCCACCUAGGCAGGAGGGACCGAGCCCUCCCUGUGCUCAGCACUGUGUUUUUCUUCAUCAUGUCACUUUUUACAUUACAUUAACGUGUAUCUCUGCUUGCUUCCAGAAAAGUACCUACAUCAGCUAUGCUGUAAUCCUUGCUUUUCUCACCCAAUAACUGGGAAUCCCCAGAGUGCCAAAACUAUCUUUUUAAUCUCUUAUUUCUUCAUCACCUAGUACCAUUUGGUGCUCAAUGUUCACUGAGCGAAGAAAACGGAAAUAAGACAUUUUCCUCAAGGAGCAGAAAUGAUUACACGUAUUUGGUUCUAAACAAACAACAAAAAUAAAGAGAACCAAUGAAGACUGAAGUAAACCACAUCACGAUUAUACAAAUGGAAAGAUCUGGUUGUUUGUGUCCUUUUUAUAAUACAUACUAUGCUCUUUGCUAAUUAACACUGGAGGACUCUUUCUGGUCGAUAAAAUACUUGGAUAAUUAAGUAUGCUUUCAUUUUAUGUCCCGGUACCAAAGAAGUCCAUUUAUUCAAAACAAAGGGACUGAACAUAAAACAUAAAACAUAAAAAGAAAAAAAAAAAAAGGCCUGUGGCUCCUCCUCCCAGACACCCCCCUCCAACAGUGAUGAAUAGGAGGGACUGUCUCCCUCCCCCUCCCUCGGAGACUAGCCUUGCAGUGUUUUAGGCUGUUUUGAAAUUCUGUUCUUUAGAGAUUUUUUUUUUCUUCUUCUUAAUAUCAAAGAACUGCUGCUAUUCCUUCGGGCUGGCGCAGCAGGGGCCGGUGAAAUGCAGGCUGACGACCGCGCGCCAGGGGCUGUGCUCGCCCCGGUCGGCGACGCGCACACACCUUGAGUGACAGCGACUUCUUCUCUACAGGUUUUCCCCGCGGGAGCGUGGCCCUUGCGGGCGUUCGGUUUUCUCUGGAAAUCGCCAAAACGGCUAGCCGGGCGCAGCGAUUCCGACCCGGGGACUCCAGCCCCGGCUGUGCGCGUCGCCGCGGACGGGCUCUGCGGGCCACGGGGAAGGUGCAAGGAGGCGCGAGCAGGCUGUGAGCCGCCGGACGCUCCCUCGAGCCCGCUCCUCCCCCCCGGGAGCAGGGCAGAGGCGCCGGGAGCAGGGCAGAGGCACCGCGCCCACCGCCUCCGCGGCCGCCUGAUGUGCCAGCAGCCCGCAACGAGGCAGUCCCAGCGCAGAGGCCCCGCUCCUGCUGCCAGCGCGCGGCCUUCCUCCUCCUAGAGGACGCUCUCUGCGCGGGCCCCGUGAGGAGGCGGCGGCGGGGCGAGCCGCAGCGCCGAGGCAGGAGGUUUGUCCCCGCCCGCGCGCCGUACCGCGGCGGAGAUGGGCGAGACCAUGUCAAAGAGGCUGAAGCUCCACCUGGGAGGGGAGGCAGAAAUGGAGGAACGGGCGUUCGCCAACCCCUUCCCGGACUACGAGGCCGCCACCGGGGCGCUGCUCGCCGCCGGAGCGGCUGAAGAGACAGGCUGUGUUCGUCCCCCGGCCACCACGGAUGAGCCCGGCCUCCCGUUUCAUCAGGACGGGAAGAUCAUUCAUAAUUUAAUAAGACGGAUCCAGACCAAAAUUAAAGAUCUUCUGCAGCAAAUGGAAGAAGGGCUGAAGACAGCUGAUCCCCAUGACUGCUCUGCUUAUACUGGCUGGACAGGCAUAGCCCUUUUGUACCUGCAGUUGUACCGGGUCACAUGUGACCAAACCUACCUGCUCCGAUCCCUGGAUUACGUAAAAAGAACACUUCGGAAUCUGAAUGGCCGGAGGGUCACCUUCCUCUGUGGGGAUGCCGGGCCUCUGGCUGUUGGAGCUGUGAUUUACCACAAACUCAGAAGUGACUGUGAAUCCCAGGAAUGCAUCACAAAACUUUUGCAACUCCAGAGAGCGGUUGUCUGCCAAGAAUCAGACCUUCCUGAUGAGCUGCUUUAUGGACGGGCAGGUUAUCUGUAUGCUUUACUGUACCUGAACACGGAGAUAGGUCCAGGCACCGUGUGUGAGUCAGCUAUUAAAGAGGUAGUCAAUGCUAUUAUUGAGUCGGGUAAGACUUUGUCAAGGGAAGAAAGAAAAACGGAGCGCUGCCCACUGCUGUACCAGUGGCACCGGAAGCAGUACGUUGGAGCAGCCCAUGGCAUGGCUGGAAUCUACUACAUGUUAAUGCAGCCAGCAGCAAAAGUGGACCAAGAAACUUUGACAGAAAUGGUGAAACCCAGUAUUGAUUACGUGCGCCACAAAAAAUUCCGAUCUGGGAAUUACCCAUCAUCGUUAAGCAAUGAAACAGACCGGCUGGUGCACUGGUGCCACGGUGCCCCGGGGGUCAUCCACAUGCUUAUGCAGGCGUACAAGGUCUUUAAGGAGGAGAAGUACUUGAAAGAGGCCAUGGAGUGUAGCGAUGUGAUUUGGCAGCGAGGUUUGCUGCGGAAGGGCUACGGGAUCUGCCAUGGGACUGCUGGCAACGGCUACUCCUUCCUGUCCCUUUACCGUCUCACGCAGGAUAAGAAGUACCUCUACCGAGCUUGCAAGUUUGCAGAGUGGUGUCUAGAUUACGGAGCACACGGGUGCCGCAUUCCUGACAGACCCUAUUCACUCUUUGAAGGUGUAUAUGCAUUUGACAAACCCUCAGAGAAGUACACUUUGGAUUUGUGUGUUUCAUUGCAUGGCUGGCGCUAUUCACUUUCUCUCCGAUGUCCUGGGACCAGAGACAUCACGGUUUCCAGCAUUUGAACUUGACUCUUCGAAGAGGGAUUAAAAGGUGCAAAAAGACAACUAAAAUACCUGUUUGGAACAAAAGCCACCAGAUUGCUUAGUGCCUGACACAGAAACAACUGGGAAUCCUGAAAGAGAAGCAGACACUGUCACAGGCCCCUCUAUUAGAGCAUGAGUGAUCGAAGCCAUCCAUCAACAUUAACGGCACCCUCAUCAGUAUAAAAUAUGACUUCUUCACAUACAGAUUCUCUGUAGUGUUUGCAUGUUUCUUGGUGUUUGUUGUAUCCAGGUGUAAGUUGUUUUAAAUGGAAGGCCCCUCUAUUCCUGGGGGCUCAGAGCUGACCACGCAUGAAUGUAUGGCAGUGUCCACUUUUCUGUAUAAAAUGUAUAAAGUGGGGUUUCUUCCAUAUUGACAAACGAGGGAACAGGUGAUGUCUAUCUGGUAUAUCAGAAAGAUUAUCUAGGGUCUAUCCUAGUGAUAAUACAUUGUCAGCCUUUCCUGUGGCACCUUCCAGAUGAGUAUGAGGGAACCACCACUCCAAGGACGGACAGGAGCAGCAGUUCCGCAGGGGCGUGCUGGGGUGGUUUGGGAGGGCACAGCUGAACGCUUCCUGUUUGGAUUUUGCACUCACCUUCGUGUUUUAAAGAAGCCUCAGGGUGCAUUGCGGCUCUGUCAGGGCCCCAUUCCCAGCAGAGGCUUCCGGUGCUUUGUGUAGGGUCCAGGGCAGCCGGAGCUUUGAGGGUGAGACUUCUGGACCCAAAGGGAGCUUUCCCAAGAAGCCUUUGGUGGCCACACUGUAGGCAGCAGUGACUAAGCACUGGCAGUUCCAGAACAUUUACCCAGGUGUAUGUUACUAAAACAGGCUCCACCUCAGUUUAUCAGCGUUAUAAGUUACUGUUCUAAGAAGAGUAAAUACAGUUCCAGAUGGGUUAUUACAGAUGAACAGAAAGUCACUCAGCUGGACUCAUGUCCCUGCAAUUAAACUUAUUUCAACCUUUUGGAAAGUUAUCUAAGUCUAAAUUUGGAAUGAAUGCAUUUCAUAUUUUUUGUCUACUUUUGGGUGAUAAGUACUAGCCCUCAUUUAUAGAUAUGAGAAACAUAAUGUUCUAACCAACAUCAUUAUGGUAUUUGUGUGACUUUUAUUUAAAAAAAUGUGAGCAGUAAUUUGGGUUAGCCUACCUUCAUUCAUUCUGUCACAUAGAUUUCAGUUUUUAGAAGGGUUUCUGUCAUCCUGGAACAGGUGGUCUGGGACUAAGGACUUCUCAUCUUGUGAGCUAAGGCUUGUGUCAUGAAAGACAAGUGGACUCUCUUAACAGCCCAGUCCUCGUCUGCAGGGGGCAGCCUGAGCAUUUCCCAGCCCCAGUGUCCACACCUCUCAGAAAGGAGAAAAAAGAAUGUCAGUUUAGGAGAAAAGCCUCCUUUUUACUUGUGUGAUUAUGUGUGGAGCUGGCACCCUAAAUGUGUGACAUUCAGCUUCUAAACGAUGCCUGGAGAGUCUCUUUGCUGCAGACACCCUUGCUCCUGAGUCAUGAUUAUUUUCUUUCAUGUUAGAUUGACGACUUCUGUGAAUAGAACUCAUCCUGAUCCUAUUUUACCUGACCUCCUGGACCCGCUGAUGGGCUUUGCAGGCAGUCCAGCAGCCCAACCUGCAGGCAGGAUGCUGUCAUCCACGAGCUGAGGGCAGCUGCUUUGCAGAAGACCUCACACGAUGUCCAAUCACAUCCAAAUAACAUUGUUCCCAUCCUCCCCACCCACCUCAUCAAAACAUAACACAUCACAGCACUCGGUAGAGGUCCUGCCUCCCCGUUUCCCAAGGAAAGCAAGUAGGCAACACAGCCAGCACGGUGCUCUCCAGGGUGGCCCCUCUCAGAGGAGGAGGCAGCUGGUGCAGCCAGGCGUCUGCAGAGCAGCCACAAAGGUGGCCUAGGAUCCAGGUGUCUCCCUAGGUGAGUCCAUCCACACACAUGUUUGAAAAAUACUAUUAGUCUUUCUAAUACACUGAGGGAAAGAUUUUUAAAAAUCUGUGGAAUAAAGGAGGAGAUUUUAUUUACAGAUUUUUUAAAAAGCCACCUGGGUUGACACCUUCCUACUUACCCACUAGAUGUCAACAGAGGUGCUGUUCUGUGACUCUGCAUUAACCCCUGCCUCAUGUCUGUCACAUGUGCUGCUGUGUGACAGUAAUUCCAGCUCAGUCGCUGCAGGCAAAGGAGAAACGGGACUUACUUCACAGGACAGAGGAUUGACAGAAGUCAGUUGAAGGGAAGUGUUUGAAUCAGACUUUAGUACAUCUCAUUCAUUUCUUGGAUUUGUGUUCACAAUUGUGUUCUCUAAAAUGUGUCUAAAUUUUAAAAAUAUGUACAUGCAUAAUGUCAUUUUAAAAUAUGAAGGAAGGAAUUUGAUGUCCACAAAAAGUGUUUGAGGUUCUUUGGUUUUGUUAGUAAAAGCCAGUUCUGUGGUGUUGACCUAUG